AUGGGCGACAUCGGCCAAGGCUGUUAUCCAUACAGGCCCGACUGGUAUCCAUCAUACGGAUAUCGACCAACCAAGGCAGUUGGAAUCGCGUUCUGUGCUCUAUUUGGGCUAUCUAUGGCUCUUCAUAUCGCCCAAUUUUGCUGGAAGCGCACGUGGUGGUGCAGUGUCUUUGCUAUUGGAUGUUUAGCUGAACUAAUAGGCUGGGCCGGGCGAACCUGGUCCUCUGAAUGCCCUUACAAUUACACUGCAUUUAUGAUGCAGAUCGCGACAUUAAUCAUUGCCCCAACCUUUUUUACAGCAGGUAUCUAUAUCCUCCUCGGCCGUUUCAUCCAAAUACUAGGCCGACAACGCGAAUCCUCUUUCCUCACCCCAAAGCAAUACCUCUGGAUUUUCUGCACCUGCGACGUUAUAUCGCUCGUUAUCCAAGCUGUUGGUGGAGGCCUAGCAGCCUCAGCAUCAGGAGCAUACGGUGGCGACACCGCACCAGGUACGAACACCAUGGUGGCAGGAAUUGUAUUCCAACUCGUGUCGAUCUCAAUGUUUGGGGUGUGUACUAUCGAUUUCGUUCGUCGGGUAAUAAAACUUGGGCUUCUUCGCUCUAUGACAGGGAAAGGGUCUUUUAUGACACUAAUGGUCACGAUGAUUAUAUCCGUGCUCUGUAUCUACAUCCGGAGUAUUUACCGUACCAUUGAGCUCGCUCAGGGGUGGACUGGGUAUCUUAUUACUCAUGAGUCGUAUUUUAUUGGGCUUGAUGGUGUACUGAUGAUUAUUGCUGUUGGUAUCUUCAAUGUGUUUCAUCCUGGUUGGUUGCUCCCUUCUGUUGAGGGUCCUGCUCUGCCUAUCGUUCAGGCCAGGGAACAUAAAGCUAUGGAGAGUAGUGACUAG